AUAAUAACAAGCAGGCCUUUUUGCUGAGUUAAGUCAAUAAACGCAGCUGGCUGGCUGUCACAAAUAUCAACCACCAGCCCAGGGGAAGAAAUCUGCACAACAUAAAAGCCGCUGGGGGAGAUAAGGAAUUGCAGAACUUUCUGUGAAUAGGCACUCACUCAUCCUUCCAAUGAGCUGUGGAUAGAAGCCGUGAGGAAAACGUGAAGUGACAAUACGAGGGUCCCCUGCCCAUGUAUUAUGGAUUAGUCGUUCAUUAUUCACGAGGCCACGUCUGCACUGGGGUCAAUGAGGAGCCAAUCUGGACCCUGAAGACGGGCCUAUGGAGGGGAAAUACAACUAAGAUGAGGAAACUGAAGCUUAGAAAGAGGAUCAGUAACUUCCCCAGGGCUAUACAGCUAGGUAUUCUUAGCAGGGUUACAGAAUCUGUUAAGAAUAUUGUGCCAGGGUGGCUCCAGAGAUACUUCAACAAGAGCGAAGAUGUAUGCAGCUGCUCAGCAGACACAGGCCAGGUACCACCCUGGCCAGAAAGUCAAGAAGAUGACCAGCUGAUGUUUGCUGAUGAGGAGAGCACCAGUAUCAAUGACGGGAGAAUCACUCCUGAGCCAGCAGCCAGUAAUGCGGAAGAACCUUCAACAACUAGUACUGCUUCGCAUUACCCAGACGUGUUGACACGGCCGUCUCUUCAUCGGAGCCACCUGAACUUCUCCGUGUUAGAAUCCCCUGCGUUGCACUGUCAGCCGUCCACAUCCUCAGCUUUCCCAGUCGGCAGUUCUGGGUUUUCCCUCGUAAAGGAAAUUAAAGAUUCUACCUCUCAGCAUGAUGAUGAUAACAUCUCAACUACCAGUGGUUUUUCUUCAAGAGCUUCUGAUAAAGAUAUAGCUGUUUCAAAGAAUACUUCGUUGCCACCUCUGUGGUCCCCGGAGGCUGAGCGUCCUCACUCACUCUCACAGCACACUGCCACCAGCUCAAAAAAACCAGCCUUCAACUUGUCUGCUUUUGGAACACUUUCCCCUUCACUUGGGAAUUCCUCAAUCCUCAAAACAAGUCAGCUUGGAGAUUCUCCUUUUUAUCCUGGAAAAACAACAUAUGGUGGGGCAGCAGCUGCUGUGAGACAGUCUAAACUACGGAACACGCCGUAUCAGGCCCCAGUCAGAAGACAGAUGAAAGCGAAGCAGCUCAAUGCCCAGUCUUAUGGUGUGACCAGUUCAACAGCUCGGCGGAUAUUGCAGUCUUUAGAGAAAAUGUCAAGCCCUCUAGCGGAUGCUAAAAGAAUUCCAUCUGUUUCCUCCCCUCUGAAUUCUCCUCUUGAUAGGAGUGGGAUAGAUCUGUCAGAUUUCCACACGAAAAGAGAAAAGGUGGACUCUCGGUAUCCCCCUGUUCAAACACUCAUGACCCCAAAGCCAAUUUCUAUAGCAGCCAGUCGAACUGUUUAUUUCAAACCAUCUCUGACCCCAUCUGGUGAAGUAAGGAGGACUAAUCAAAGAAUUGAUAAAAAGCACAGUACUGGCUAUGAAAAAACCAUGGCUCCAGGACAAAGUAGAGAACGAGAAAGUGGUUUUUCAUACCCAAAUUUCAGUAUGCCCGCAGCCAAUGGUUUACCUUCCGGAGCCGGUGGUGGAGGUGGCAAGAUGAGACGGGAGCGAGCACACGUCGUCGCUUCUAAACCUCUGGAGGAGGAGGAAAUGGAAGUACCAGUAUUACCGAAAAUCUCUCUCCCGAUCAGCAGUUCUGCACUGCCUACCUUCAAUUUCAGUUCUCCUGCAGUCACAACUUCCUCUCCAUCACCAGUCGGUCCUCAGUCACUAACAAACAAGGUACAGAUGAAUUCUCCCAGCAGCACUGGCAGCCCCGUGUUCAGAUUUUCAUCUCCGAUUGUAAAGUCUACUGAGGCAGAGGUACUACCUCCGUCAUCUAUUGGAUUUACGUUUAGUGUGCCUGUGGCAAAAACAGUAGAUCUCUCUGGCUCCAGUAGUGCUUCAGAACCAAUCAUAAGUCAUUCAACAGCUCAAGAUACCAGUGCAGCGAAAAGUACGAGCUGUAAGAAGAAGGCAGACGAGGACUGCAUGGGCCCUUUCGGACCUGCGAAAACCCUGAAAGAAGGAAGUGUUCUGGAUAUUCUGAAGAGCCCUGGUUUCACAUCACCCAAGGUAGACUCUUUUGCUACCCCGCCUACCACGACGAGCUCGGUGGUUUAUACAAGACCAGCCAUAAGUAGCUUUUCUUCUAGUGGAAUUGGGUUUGGAGAAAGCUCGAAGGCAGGAUCAUCGUGGCAGUGUGACACGUGUCUCGUCCAGAACAGAGCUACAGACAGCAAGUGUGUAGCCUGUCAGGCGGCGAAAUCACCACCAGGAGAUGCUGCUACACAGACUGGAACUGGGACCCCAAGUAAGAGUGGCAGAGCAGCGCCUGCACCAGGGACAGGCUUCGGGGACAAGUUUAAGCCAGCAGCAGGAACGUGGGACUGUGAUACCUGUUUGGUGCAGAACAAGCCUGAAGUGACGAAGUGUGUCGCCUGUGAAACCCCGAAGCCUGGCACUGGCGUGAAGCGGGUCCUCACGUUGCCGGUGGCUUCAGAAAGUGCUGUGACUGUGCUUGCGUCAGCUCCCAGCGGCACUGUGACCACUGGCACCUUAGGGUUUGGAGAUAAGUUCAAAAGGCCCGUGGGAUCCUGGGAGUGUCCAGUGUGCUGUGUUUCUAAUAACGCAGAAGACAAUAAGUGUGUGGCCUGUAUGUCUGAGAAAGCAGGAAGUGCAGUACCUACUUCAAGUAGCAGCGCUGCAGUGGUCUCUCCGACUCCUGGAGGCUGCCUAGGAUUGGACAAGUUCAAGAAGCCGGAGGGCAGCUGGGACUGCGAGGUGUGCCUGGUACAGAACAAAGCAGAUGCUACCAAGUGUGCGGCCUGUGCAGGUGCAAAGCCAGGCACAAAAUCUGAAUUCAAAGGCUUUGGCACAGCUUCCUCAUCUUCGAACCCAGCAGCCUCAUCCUUCAAGUUUGGUAUCCCAUCAUCCUCUUCUGGCCCUUCUCAGACUUUAACAAACACUGGAAAUUUUAAAUUUGGAGAUCAGGGAGGAUUCAAAAUAGCUGUGUCAUCUGAUUCUGGAUCUGUAAACCCUACAAAUGAAGGCUUUAAAUUUUCUAAACCUAUAGGAGAUUUUAAAUUUGGAGUUUCGUCUGAUUCUAAACCCGAAGAAGUUAAAAAAGACAGUAAAAAUGAUAAUAAUUUUAAGUUUGGACUUCCUUCUGGUUUGAGCAACCCAACUUCUUUAGCUCCGUUUCAGUUUGGGGUGUCUAAUCUUGGGCAGCAAGAAAAGAAAGAGGAACUGCCUAAAUCUUCACCCGUAGGCUUUAGCUUUGGUACAGGAGUUAUUAACCCUACCCCUGCUGCUGCUAACACCGUGGUGACCUCUGAGAACAAGAGCAGCUUUGGCUUUGGAACCACAGAAACCAAGAGUGUCUCAGUGGCUCCUUUCACAUGUAAGACAUCAGAAGCAAAGAAAGAAGAAACGCCUGCCACCAAAGGAGGGUUCUCUUUUGGCAGCGCGGAGCCUGCCUCUGUGCCGUCUGCCUCAAUGUUCAUUUUGGGAAGGACAGAAGAGAAGCAGCAAGAGCCCGUCACUUCUACUUCUGUAGUUUUUGGGAAGAAAACUGACAACGAAGAGCCAAAGUUUCAAUCAGUGUUUUCCUUUGGGAAUUCAGAGCAAACCAAAGAUGAGAGUUCUUCAAAGUCCACAUUUAGUUUCAGUAAGGCCAAGCCAGCGGAGAAGGAAUCUGAACAGCCAGCAAAGGCCACUUUUUCUUUUGGAGCUCAGACCAGUACUGCCGCUGAUCAAGGUGUGGCCAAGCCAGUUUUUAGUUUCUUGAAUAACAACAAUUCAUCGAGUUCGAGUACACCGGCCACCUCUGCUGGCGGCAGCAUUUUUGGGAGUUCCACCGCCACCUCCAGCACACCUGUGGCCGCCUUUGUGUUCGGGCAGGCCAGCAACCCAGUGAGCAGCUCUGCCUUCGGAAACUCGGCUGAGUCCAGUACAACUCAGACCUUGCUGUUUUCUCAAGACAAACCAGCAACCACGUCCAGCACAGGGACAGCUGUCGCCCCGUUCGUCUUUGGUACCGGAGCCAGCAGUAAUAAUUCUGCCGCCUCUGGCUUCAGCUUCGGAGCUGCCACCACAUCUAGCUCUGCAGGAUCCUCCUUUGUAUUUGGCACGGGACCUUCAGCACCGUCUGCCAGUCCAGCAUUUGGUGCCGCCCAGACCCCAGCAUUUGGACAAAGUCAAGGUCCCAGCCAGCCCAACCCCUUGGGGUUUGGAUCUAUAUCGUCCUCAACAGCAUUAUUCUCCGCUGGCUCCCAGCCCGCACCGCCUACUUUCGGGUCUGUGUCGAGCAGUAGCCAGCCUCCCGUGUUUGGACAGCAGCCUAGUCAGUCUGCCUUCGGCUCUGGGGCGGCUCCUAACACCGGUUCGGUUUUCCAGUUUGGCAGCAGCACUACAAAUUUCAACUUUACAAACAACAACCCAUCAGGAGUAUUCACUUUCGGUGCAAACCCUAGUACACCUGCUGCCUGUGUCCAGCCCUCGGGCUCAGGGGGCUUUCCAUUUAACCAGGCUCCACCAGCAUUUACCGUGGGGUCAAAUGGAAAAAAUAUGUUCUCUUCUUCUGGAACUUCAGUUUCUGGUCGCAAGAUAAAGACUGCUGUUAGACGCAAGAAAUAAAGGUCACAGUGGUGUUAUGCACAACAGUUUUACCAACAGCUGGUGCCCUGCUUUCAGAUACUGGAUUGUACUGCGCGCUGGGGUUAUCUGAAGUCAGAUCUGCCUAAGGACUUCUUUAAUUUUGGAACCUGCCCCUUUUUUUCUUUCUUUUCGGAAGCCCCACCUUCACCUCUCCUAUCCCCCUUUUUAAAAAAUAAUAGCUAGAACUGGUGACUGAUUCUUCAGCAAAAAUAUUUUAUGAUCCAGCAGAUUAUUCACCGAUUGGCAUAGUGUGGCUGUGCCCAGGAGUACAGCUCGCGUGGCGGGCGGCUUCGUGCGUAACUUCGCGUCUGCACCGUGUGUGCACGGACAGCGUGUGUGGAACGCCUCGGAACUGUAACUAUAUCUGGGGAAUUCUGUAUAGAUUAGAGGGUGUCGAAAUGAAUGACCUCCAUGCCAAGUUUGUGCUGGUGUAUGUAUGUGUGAAGUGAGUGGGUUGGGUGUACUGUGCACUAAAAUGUCCUGGUAGAGGAAGCCUGAUUAAAGAAUGGUCCGUGCUAAGGACUUGUUAGACCUAGUUCAUUCCCCAUUUAAUAAUUAUAUGCUCUUUCUAUAUUUUCAUUCUUCUAUCACCUGUCUUGCCUUUUUCAUUAUUUUAUUAUGAAACUUGUGUAAAUACAAUUUUGUUUCUGUACUUUUUGGCAUAACAUAAAUCUGUGAACUUGAAAUUUUAGUUUUGUGUUAGCAAUUUUUUUUGUUGUUGUUUAGUCUUGUCUCAGAUUUUAUUAUGUAAAUCCCAUUAUUCAAAGUUGCCUAAAUCCAUUUGGAAAUCUUUAAAAAAAAAUUGGGGAUUCUUAAAGUUGAAUUUAUUGGCUUUUCUGAUCCAGUUUUGUUUGGACCAAAAACCAGUAUUGUACAAAGUAUUAAGCAUAUAUUUUUAUAUUUACUGAAAUGGACUGUGGUGACUUUGGAUAAUAAGGAAAAGUUUAAUAUUAAAGCCAUGUUUAUUACAGUAUAAUUAACAUGUUAAACCAUGGGAUAAAUGCCAUCAAUAAAAAAUUACGAAAUAC